UAGAUUGGUGACGAAACAGGGAUGGCCCCAUAGAGUGGUGGGAAGUCUAAAAUUCAGACUUGAGUACUUGACUUGAACAUGUCAUAAAAAGUUAGAGAAAAAUGAAAAAUGGUCCAAAGUCUGGUCCAGAAAACACCAGAAAACGUCUGCAUAGAGUGUGUGACUAUUCAAGCAACGGCAGCAGAAAAUUUCAAAGGGAGAGAGAACUCUUUUUCUACACUCUAUCUCUCUGAUACGCAACGGUUCUCAAGCGAUACAAGGUAUUUACAGAGAAUGCAAACAACAACAAAAACAACAAACACCAAAUCUGCUCACCCCGAAACCUAUAUAGAAAACCAACAAGAAGAAAAAAGCACCGCAUCGGUUCCAGUUCUCUGCUUUGGACCUUUCUUUUGGCCCUUUCUCUCUCCUCGAUACUCACAACAACACAACCUUCUCUCUCUCUAUACAUGCACACAACAACUCCAACCACAACCACAGCAACAAACGACUCUCCAACGUAGUAACAAAUGAAAACGGUCUCACCCUUCACAACUUCACGUUUCUUCAUUCAUUGCUUCCCCAAAGUCAAAAUACAUCUCUCUUUUCACAUCCAAAACCCCACAUCCUUUUAUUUUAUCAUUUUGCUUAUUUCCAUUUAUUAACACUUUUUUUUUUUUCCAUGACUAAUGUCUCCCUACAUCGUUUUUAUUUGCAAAAUUUACGAGUCUAGUAUUAUUCGAAGAAAUCUAACGUUUGUGUCCCACACCAACAUUGCUUCACCUUUCACAUGCCACACUUUCUUCUUAAACCCACCACUUCCUCUUCCACUAGCUAGCUAGAUAAAUCUCUCUCUUUCUCUCUUUCUCUUUCUCGCUUUCUCGCUUUCUCUUUAUCUAUCUAUUUCCUUUUCUCUUCUCUUCUCUGUGCCAUUCAUUGAUUUUGUGUGUGAAUGGUGCUGGGAAGAAUGGUGCAGGAGCAGCACCGGGGAGAGCGAGAGAAACGGCCUAAGUUCUUCAUAAACGACAACAUAGACAUUCUUCGGGAAAUCCUGAAACGACUCGACGGACCCUCGCUGGGUGUGGCGGCGUGCGUGUGUCGUCUGUGGUGCAGCCUCACGCGCAACGACGACUCUCUCUGGGAGCAUCUCUGCUUCCGCCACGUCUCCUCGGCGUCGGUGCGCGCGGUGGUGGUGGCCUUGGGCGGCUACAAGCGUCUCUACAUGGUGUGCGUGCGACCGGUGCUGAGUCGACUCGGAGAGUCGGAGCGAGUUAGGAAGCGAGUGUGGACUCGGCACGAGGUGCAGCUCUCGCUCUCGCUCUUCUGCAUUGACAGCUACGAGAGGCUCGGAAGUGGAAGGAUCGCCAGCGACGCGUCUGCAUCGUCCCUCAUGUUCCUCUGCAACACCAUCAACGUCUGAUCUCAUCUCGUCUCAUUUUUGCGCCUUCGGUAUUAUUAUACACCAAAUUAAAAAAUAUCACCAAUUUCUUUGUUUAUUCUCAUCUCUUAAUUUCCUCAUAUCAUAGUUGAAUUAGGACAUAUCAAUAAAAAAAAAAAUGCUUGUAAUAAGCGUGAAUUAUUCCUCCUUUCAUAUCUUUUAUUUAUUCAUAUGCAGCUAUCUAGCUUCUUCAUUUCAAACUCACUCCAUUUAUUUUCAUUACAACCUUCUUGCUUCAUUAAUUCAGAUUAUUAUCAUUAAAGUUCAAUUUAAUGUUUGAUUAUACCGCGGCAUUAGGGAGCUUAAGCCCGUUUUAGAAGUGAUUAUGGCAC